AUGUCGGACAAGCCCGAAGGCACCAAGGACAUGGCCCAGCGGCCGCCCUACCAGCACCGGUCCGCCGAGGACUUCGGUGAGGUCAAGUGGCGCGGCAAGUGCCAGUGCGGGCAAGUCAAAUACAAGCUCAACAAGGAGAAGCCUCUCAAGGCCAAAUUCUGCCACUGUCGCGGGUGUCAGAUGACCCAUGCUGCCCCCUUCCAAUGGGCCGCCAUCUUCCACAAGGAGAACCUGCUCUUCGAAAAGGGCGCCGAGGGUCUGGCAUUCUACUCCUCCACCAACAAGACCCGGGAAUACUCCCUGCCCACCAAGGUCUUCUGUUCGUGGUGCCGGUCGCCGAUCAUGGACGAAGGACGGAAUGUCUGUCUGCUGUUUCCGGAGUCGAUCGAGUGCGGAGACACCGACGCAGAGCGUCUGGAGUGGCGGAAGGCCUUCGAGGUCGAUUGCCAUAUCUUCUACAGCCAGCGGAUCAUGGAGAUCCCAGAUGGCAAGCUCAAGUGGGCUGGGAUGGACGAAGACAGUGAAAAGGUCGAUGAUAUGUGCAAGCCCACGGAAUGA